AGCGUUACGGUUGGUCGCGAUUUCGUCUCGAAAACGUGUGGCACUUUCUGAUGGUCACUUCAGUGUAAGCGCGUCGGUCGCACUGUGUUUACAUUGUUUGCAAACUAAUUAAAAUUUAUAAUCGCCAUGUGCCAAAGCCCAACCAAAUAGCGGAUCAAAAAAAAAACAUAGAAAAAGAAAAAUCCUGCAUUGGAUUUCUGAGAGAGGAAAAAUCAAAUCCGCUGGGUCCCGAAGGGAAAUUUUAAGCAAACAAAAUGUGGAAAAUCUGCAUUUUUACAUUGGUAAUUGCGGUGGUUGUUGCAACAACUCUGCCGGCAACACCAACACCAACAACAUCAGCAACACCAACACCAUCAGCAGCAGCAGCAACAACAGCGCUCCCUGGAAAAACCAUAACAAAUGACUCCGGCCACGCCUCUUUGGAGGCCACCAGCAGCCGCCCCCUGGCCGAAAAUCGUACGCUGUUGAAUAUGGCCAGGGAAACGGUCGAAAUUUCAACUGUGGGCGGUUCAACCUCAACGGCCACGCCCACCACGACGGCCACAACCAGUACAACAACAACGCAGGCAACAACAUCAGCAACGGGAGUGGUGAUGCUGCCGGAAAAUGAGGAAACACGAAAAGCCAAGCUAAUGACAAACGCCCAAAAAAUGCCUUUAGCUGGUUUGGGUGAACUGAGCGGCAUCAAGGAUGCACUGUAUCGGAUUAAAUUGAGCGAGAAGCCACUAGAGGCAACAACUGAUGCGCCACCAGCAACAGCAACAGCAGCAGCAGCAACAGCAACAUCAACGACCAUUACCACAGAACAACCGGAAGCCGAGGAUCAGAAUGAUGCCGACGAGGUGGAUGGAAUGGCACCCACGAUUUCCCCCCUUCAAAUUCAAAUGCAGGCAGCUGCCUCAUAUCAAGUAGCCGAGACGUUGGCCGACCUAAAUGAGGAGGAGCGUGCUCGAUAUGAUGCCAUGUUGGCGCAACAGCCCACAGCAAGCAAACUGAAUAUUGUGGAUUUAUAUCCCCUUAAACUUGAUGAUUUCCAACCCAUUAUUCAGAACGAUAAUGAAGAGCUGAUCAAGCAGCGUACAGUUUUCACUCAGCCGGAAAAUACUGAAGAAUACAAACAGAAUCUAAUGCCCAAUGAGGUCGAGUUGAUCAUCAACAAGGAAGGUGGCGAUGGUGGCAUUGAGACACUGGAGAAAAUCAAAAUUAAUAUAGCCAAAGUAGGAAAACAUCCCAGCACAACGACCACGACGAGUAACUCAAACCAGGGCACGACGGCUGAUUUUACGGGUAAACUGCUGGCCGAUCAAGAUGAUUUGAUCACGGAAAUUGAAAGCAAAUUCCAGCUGCAUGAAACUACAACUGCCAAGCCCAAAGUUGCCAUUAAACUACGACCGGGAGAUACUUUCAUCGAUCGGCGGGUGAAGAAGAGUUUCGAAUUCCCCAUGCAACAUCGAGCCAGCGAUGUGAUGGCCAUGCCGCAUAUUGACUUCGCAAACACCAAGUUCCAAACCGAUGUCGAUGCCCCAAAUCCACCGGCCUCGCAUCCCGAAUUUUCCACCACAAAGUUCUACAACAGCAAGGAGCUGUACAACGAAAUGCUGCUGCAUAAUAAGCGCAAGUUAAUGAAGGCAACCAAGGAUGCCAAGGAUGCUAGGGCUGACGGCAGUCCGAUAAAGUCAGCGGAGGAUACAACUCAGGCCGCCAACUUGAACGUGACUCCGGAAGGGAAAACUUUUACGCCGACAGCAACAACAGCAACAUCAGCAACUGGAACCAGCAGCACAACAACACCAAAAUCACCAACAAUAAUAACAACAACAGCAGCAGCAGGAGCAGCCGGUGUUGAGUCAACAACAAGGACAACUGACAGUCAGACAGGAACUACGGCAACCACUGGAAAAUAUCAGAAAGAGCUUAAGCGUGCCAAAUUAUUGCUCAAGGCCCUGACACCGCCCAAGUCCGACAAACUGGCAGUUGUCUCGGCCAAAGUUAAAGCCGCUAAAGUAGAGGAAGAACCAACCGCCGGUGAAUCCCCAUCAUUGACUUCAACAUCAACAUUGUCAUCGAAGGCAGUGCCUUCCACAACGACCACUACCAUGACCAGUCCCAUGCUAUUGGCCACCGCAAGGACGCGUCCACAAGCGGCUAAUCCCACUAAGACGGCCUCAAAGCCAAUUGAGCCGCGCAUUUUAAGUCGCCUGCAGGAGAAAAUCAAUUCGCUUGAAUGCGAGAUCCCCACGGUGCCGCAGGACUCGCAUCUGUGGCGCGGCAAUGAGACCCAUGAAUUGCUGCUGCCCAUUGUGACCACGGAGCACUGUAAGCCGAAUGAGAACUGCAUACCGAAUGUCCUCACCUGGCGAGGUGAGGCGGAGAUCCAGUCUGGCGAUAUCCUGAUUGUUGAAAUCAACGAUGCCAUGCUUAAUCCAUCGCACGAGCCCAACAACACCAGCAGCGCUGUACAUGCCACACAGGUGUAUCAGGUAACUCGCUCCGGCCACGAGCAUUGCGAUGUUACCGAGGGCGUCCUGCUGGAUAUCACACCGUUGGUGGUCGAUGGCAGGAAACUGGUUACCCUGUACGACAAGGACCUCACCGAGGGAGUUAACUUGCUAAUUGUGGUGUCCGAGCUGUGGGGAGCGCAAUGUGUCCGCCUGAAGGUGACCACGAAAACCGACAACUGCGGCGAGAAUGCCGAUUGCUCCGGCAAGGGAGUCUGCUACUCGGACUCUGGGAUGGAGGAGUACGAGUGCCAAUGCUGCAGCGGAUUUGCUGGACCACACUGCGAGGAGAUAGAUGCGUGCAACCCGAGUCCUUGCACCAACAACGGCAUCUGCGUGGAUCUAUCGCAGGGCCACGAGGGCAACUCCUAUCAGUGCCUGUGUCCGUACGGAUAUGCGGGCAAGAACUGUCAAUACGAGUCGGAUCCCUGCAAUCCCGCCGAGUGCAUGAACGGUGGCAGCUGUGUGGGCAACUCAACGCACUUUCGCUGCGAUUGUACGCCCGGCUUCACAGGACCUUUAUGCCAGCACAGCCUGAAUGAAUGCGAGUCCUCGCCGUGUGUUCACGGCAUCUGUGUGGACCAGGAGGAUGGCUUUCGAUGCUUCUGCCAGCCAGGAUUCGCCGGCGAGCUGUGCAACUUCGAGUAUAAUGAAUGCGAAUCGAAUCCGUGUCAGAAUGGCGGCGAGUGCAUCGAUCACAUUGGCAGCUACGAGUGUCGCUGCACGAAGGGCUACAGCGGCAACCGUUGCCAAAUUAAGGUUGAUUUCUGCGCCAACAAGCCUUGCCCCGAAGGACACCGCUGUAUUGAUCAUGGAAAUGAUUUCAGCUGCGAAUGCCGAGGUCGCAAUGGACCGGAUUGUAAUCAAAUGCCACGAACGUACUUUCAGCAAUGCAAUGUGAAUCCCUGCACCCAUGGCGGCACUUGUUGGUCCAGCGGCGAUAGCUUCUAUUGCGCCUGUCGUCCCGGUUACACCGGCACCAUGUGCGAAGAUGAGUUUGUGGUGGAGACUGUCGUUAGCUCCAGCGAAUUUAUUGUGGACGAUGCGAACGCUAGAAAUUUUAAUGACAAAACUUUCGGUUCAUCGGUUGUGCUUAAGAGUCCCAUUGAAUUGCAUAAUGCAUAUUUUGCGGCCGGAGUUCUGGCAGCCGCCAUUUUCAUCGUUGCCGUUGUGGUCACCAUUUGUCACUGCAAGGUCAAUCAGACGUAUCGGAAAUUCUCGACACGUUCCACCUCGUUUAUACCCAUCCUGGGAUUCAGUCGUCGCCCCAAAAUGCAGGGCAAACUCAAUAAGCAUUGGCUGAGUGGCAAGGGUGCCGCUUCCGCUUCCGCCGCAGCCGCUGCGAGUGGCACCUCGAAUGUGGCACCAACGGUUGGACCGAGGAGCAAUGGCGCUGCGCGGCAUUUGCCAGGACAACCGCAAACGCAGACCACGCUGGGUGGCCAGCUGCAGGAGCGACCUUUUCAGCGGCAUCUGGCCAUGAACCUGGAGAACGAUAUGUACUACACGGUGGACUUUAGCGAGAACUCACAGCACUCACCAUUGAUACAGUGAGACUUGGACGGGAAUGGCGGAUGGCUAGUCAAAUUCACCCCAAACAGAGAGGAGUGAGGAGGGAUUGGAAUGGA